UAAAUUAGUUGAUCCAAUUAACACCCGAUAAACUCCUCUUAAUUCCAACACGUUUAUUGCCUAAACAAAACAUAUCUAUUAAUAAACCCCUUUCCUCUCUUCCAUUUCUCCCCUCUCCAAUUGAAUCAGCAAUCUUCAUUCCCAAAUCGAUGACGUCGUCUGAGCCGGAGCCUUCGAUGCAGCCGUUCAAGUGGCACUACGCGGAAUUCGACGACAGCAGCUUCCAAAUCAGGGGGCGCACGCUCUUCUUCAUCGUGGUGCUCUUCUCCGUGAUUCUGCUGGUGGGGCUGCUCUUCCUCUACGCGCGCUGGGUGUGCCGCUUCGACCCGCCGCGGCUGGGCCUCGACGCCGCCGCCAUCGCCGGCCUCCCCAUCGUGCUCCACAAGGCGGAAGGCGAGUGCUGCAUAUGCCUGGGGAUAUUCGGGGACGGAGAUAAGGUGAAAGUGUUGCCGCCCUGCCAACAUUGCUUCCACUCCGAGUGCGUCGAUAAGUGGCUUCUCACUCAGUCGAGUUGCCCACUCUGCCGCUCCUCCAUCCGAUUCCACUCACUCACCUGUUUGACUCGCUCCUUUUUUUUCUUUUUCUUUUUCUUUUUCUUUUUCUUUUUUAUUUUCACUCAAAAGGGGAUAGUAUAUUGUUGCAGUGUGAGAGCUGCUUUUUUUUUGCAUAGGUUGAAGUAGAAUCUAUGAUGGAAACUAUAGAUAAUUUCGAGUAUUCUUUUUUUCA